GAAGUGUUCGUCACUUCAGCCCGUUCGAACUGUCUCGUGGCCACCGGCGAGGAAUCAGCCAUGGCCGGCGGCGGUGGCGCCUCCCCUUCCUGCGCGGCGGUCGCCGGUUGGACCGUGACCGCAGUGCUUCUGCAGGUGGUUGGCCUCUCCAUGUUCCUCUACGGCUUCUUCCCCGUCAAGCCCACGCUGCCCGGGUUCAGUGGAGCGGAGAGCUACCGGAUGCCGUCGUGUGGUCUCGCCGGUGGCGGGGAGCAACCGGCGCUUCCGCCGGAUCAGCUCAGAUCUCUGUACAGGGAACUCUCCGAGGUCCCUCCUGUGUAUGAUCGUUUGGUGUUGAUGGUUAUAGAUGGGCUUCCUGCUGAAUUCGUAUUGGGGAGAGUUGGAAAACCUCCAAGCAAAGAAAUGGUGGAAUCCAUGCCCUACACCCAAUCUCUGUUAGCUGGUUGCAAAGCAACAGGUUAUCAUGCGAAAGCUGCACCUCCAACCGUCACGAUGCCACGGCUAAAAGCAAUGGUAUCUGGGGCAAUUGGAGGUUUUCUAGAUGUAGCAUUUAACUUCAAUACUCAAGCCUUCUUGGAUGACAAUCUUCUUGAUCAGCUCCACAUGAUUGGUUAUAAGUUAGUGAUGCUGGGAGAUGAGACAUGGAUCAAAUUGUUCCCAAAAUUAUUCUGGAGACAAGAUGGAGUGAGCAGUUUUUAUGUGAAAGAUACGGUUGAGGUUGAUUUUAAUGUUUCUCGUCAUCUGGAAUCUGAGUUUGCUGCCAAAGACUGGAACAUGUUGAUUCUCCACUAUUUGGGCUUAGAUCAUGUUGGCCACAUUGGUGGCCGUCAGAGUGUUUUGAUGCCCCAAAAGCUGAAGGAGAUGGAUGAUGUGAUUAGAAGAGUGCACAAUGCCGUAUCAGGCCUUGAAGAUAAUUUGGACAGAACACUUUUGGUUGUGGUUAGUGAUCAUGGCAUGACCGAAGGUGGUAAUCAUGGAGGAUCCUCUUAUGAAGAAACUGACUCCCUUGCCCUUUUUAUAGGACACAGUGUUCAGAGUUCAUAUUGUUCACCUUAUGACCAGAAUGAAGCACUUCAGGUGGACCUUGCGCCAACAUUAUCUCUCCUCUUUGGGACACCAAUUCCGAAGAACAAUAUAGGUGUUGUGCUUCCAGAGGUUUUUAAUUCUUUGACAGAUCAGCAAAAACUGCGGACCUUAGAGCUGAACUCAUUGCAAUUCUUAAGAUUGUUGCAAGCACAGUUACCUGCUUUCUGCUUUGAGGAUUGCAUUAAUUCAAAGUAUGGUCUAGGAAUUGAUAAAAUUCCUCAAUCUGUUGAGAAGAAGUUGUGUCAUUUGCUUUCUAAAGCUUUUGAUUCCCACCAUCCUUCACACCUUCAUCAGACAUCUAAUGUCAAGUCCAUUGAAGCUGGGUGCAACAGGACUGCUGUCAACGCCUACUAUGAAUUCUUAAGAUAUGCGAGUGAGUGGUUGUCUCACAGAGCGACCAAUAAACCAUUCUAUUUACUUGUCUCUGCGAUCUCAUUGAUGAUUGUUUCAUGCCUUUCUCUCAUGGGGAUUGUCUCUUGCCUACUUAAGGGAAAGUCUCUGAGUCAGUUUGAACAUCAUUCUGAGUGGAAUUCAGAUUACCAUUGGCACCUUGAUGAAGUGUUCAUUAUCAUGGGGAUUUUUCUUUAUGUCAGCAGUCUUGGAUCAAGCUCUUUUGUGGAAGAAGAACAGUAUACAUGGCACUAUCUCACUUCUACUCUGUAUUUAAUAUUUCUCAUCAAGACGACACAAUCAAUGCUGAGAGAAUCAAAUUCAGCGGUAGCACGAGCAGAAGGCAAGAUUUUUCAUGGAAAUGACUGCUCUUAUUUUACUAGCUGUAAAUUAAUCCCCAGUAUGCGAGACGGUUACAAGUUGUGCACUAUCAUUAUCAUUCUUGUUUCUGGGAGAAUUCUAAGAGCUUGGCAUCAAGGUGGGGUUAACUGGGUUCACUUUCCUGACAUUUCAAAGUCACUGGCCCAAGCUGAUUCAUUUGUUGUAAAGGCUCUUCAAAUUAUCUCCGUUCUUGCAGUUGUGGUAUUGUAUUCAGUUUCACUCCUGUUACUGAGACCAAGGAAGCUGAAUAUUCUGCUCGUAUGGUUGAGUCACUUUUUUUGUGGAAUUUUGGUUGUACUCCAUAUCUGGCAAAGCCAGAUCAAUACUUCACUACCAACCAAACAUAGCACAACAUCAAUAGCUCAGAUAUUUUAUGUCAUCGCAAGUAUUUCAUUAACAUUCACUUUUGUUGCAUCACCUUGGAUAUUUCCAAUACAUUCUAUGGAAGCAGAACCAACAUCCUCUGGCUCGAGUCCUAAAACGGCAAUACAUCUGCAAGGCAUAAAUCAUUCUAUGUUCCUGAUUGGAAUAACAUACGCGGCUUUCUGGUGCCUUCUGCAAUUGCUUCUGCAGCAGCCCAUAAAUGCAAUACCUCUUCUGCUCAUUUUCUUGCAAAUAAUCUCUAGUAUAAUGCAUUUUUCUCUGGAUAAAUCAUUGCAUAAGAAAUGGGUACAGAUUGUCGCAAUGCAAUUAUUGGGGUUGUCUGGUCAUUUUGGUCUUGGAAACACCAAUAACCUUGCCAGCAUUGAUGUUGCUGGAGCUUUCAUUGGCAUUUCAAGUUACUCCACAGUUCUUUCUGGCAUAUUGAUGUUCAUGAUUACAUAUGGAUCACCUCUGCUGUUGUACCUUGGGAUGGUUUUUUAUAUAUCAGUGAUAAACAGUGAUGAUAUCUCUACUCCACAUCAAUCGAAAUGGAGCUGCAUUUUGGACAAAAUGAUCACGUUGCCCUGUUUGCUUCCUUUGCUCAUUAAUUCUAUUGCCUUGACAUCGUACACCAUUGUUUUGCUGCUCAUGAGGAACCACUUGUUUGUUUGGAGCGUAUUUUCACCGAAGUACCUUUAUGUUUGUGCAGCGACAGUAUGCACUUGCGCUGGAGUGUUCAUUAUAGCCGUGACAGCAGUUUACACUUGCACUGUUUUUUCCUUCAGGAUGAGAAACUACAAGGAUAAAUCCUAUAAUUAGUUUUAAAAUUAGUAGUUCUUAUAUAGUCAUUUAUCAGAAAGGAAGAGUAACAUUGCCUUCAUCGAGAACCUUUUUUACGGUGUGUUUUUUUUUUUGGGGGGGGGGGGGGGGCGGGGUCCAUUUUGUUGUCUAGUUUAGAAAAACUUUAGAUCAUACAAUUCCCUCUUCAAGGGUGUAAACACACAUAUCUAGAGAUUUUCUGAUGUAUGUAUUUCUGUUAUACUAGCAUGUUCAACUUGAAUAUUUGUUCUCUAUUAUUAGUCUGGUAAAUGUUGCGGUUUGCAUGGUUCAA